UGUCAGUCAGCCACGUCAUUUUUGCUUGAAUGAGGUUGUUGAGUUUUAGUUUACGCGGCGUCUAAUUAUAAGAUAGUUUGAAAAACAAUAAAUCAUGAACAUAUUCCGUUUACUUGCAGACUUGUCCCACCUUUUAGCUAUCAUUAUCUUAUUGCUUAAAAUAUGGAAAACGCGAUCAUGUGCAGGUAUAUCGGGAAAAUCCCAAAUACUUUUUUCAAUCGUGUAUACUGCACGAUAUUUGGAUUUACUUACAACGUACGUGUCCGCUUAUAACACAAUAAUGAAGGUGGUGUUUAUCGUGGCUUCGUAUGCUACCGUGUACUUGAUGUAUGUUAAGUUUAAAGCCACCUAUGAUCACAAUCACGACACGUUUAGGAUUGAAUUUUUACUAGUACCAUGUGUGAUACUUGCAUUGCUGAUAAACCGUGAAUUCACAUUCUUAGAGGUGCUAUGGACAUUUUCUAUCUACUUGGAAUCGGUAGCUAUUUUACCGCAAUUGUUUUUGGUAUCCAAGACUGGAGAAGCAGAAAGUAUUACAUCCCACUAUUUGUUUGCACUGGGUUCCUAUCGAGGAUUAUAUCUACUAAAUUGGAUUUACCGCUAUAUUGUUGAGGAUCAUUACGAGUUGAUUGCAAUUGUGGCCGGUGUUGUGCAAACUGUCUUGUACUGUGAUUUCUUCUACCUUUACAUAACAAAAGUUUUGAAAGGAAAGAAAUUACAACUGCCUGCAUAAAAUAGUUUAAAGGUUCAAUAAGAAUAGACGAAAAUAUGUCUGAUGAGAUAUUUAAAUAAGUCAAUAUUACCUAAGAUCUAGUUUUACAUGAAGCAGUUUGUAUUUAAAACUCUAACCACAAAUAGUGAUGAAUCGAACGCAUACCUCUAGCAGUUGUUAUACAAAAAUAAUAUAUUUUAAUUAACACACUUCCUUUAUUUAAAACUUCAUUACUAAUAACCAAUGUUUGCUCUGUCUUCAUUUUCUAUACAAAUUAUACCAUGUUGAUCUUGAAUCAAACCAAAUUAGUAUUACAGAUGGAUUGAUAUGACUUGAUCUAUUUAAAUGUGUGUUUCAAAUGUGAAAUGUAACUAGAAUGACAUUUUAUAACAUUAAUAUUUCAUAACAUUCUUCUUAAAUUCUGAUUAAGCCAAUGUAGGCAUCUUACAACCAAUUUGUGGUUGUAAAUAUUAACUAGAAUAAGUAUA